UAACGAUAGGUACAUUAUAUUUUCGAUAUAAAAUAAUUCGAAACAUACCAUGCAACAUGUUCAUUACUAUAUUUGAAUAUAACCAUAAAUCAUAAACUAUAAUAAAUCGGGCGGCUGACUAUUUAUAAAACACGGUAGACGUGAAAACUCAUUAGCGUAUCGCGUUGUGGCAAAGUUCAAUCGGCAAAUCGAUUCGGUCAUCCAAUUAGAUAUUAUUACGCAAGCAACUCAUCUCGGACCGCGCAUUGGUUGGACGAAAUGCGGCCAGUGGUAUUCUGGCUUUUUGCUGUCGCGAUCGCCGUCGCCGAGGUGGUCGACGAGCCCUGGUACGAGGAGGAGGAUGUGGACGAGUCCUACGAUGACUUGAACGAGGCCAAUUACAGGCGGCGGCGGGAGGUGUACGACCCCAACAUGGACCAUACGAGGGUCAAGCGCCGCUGCGAUUCAGAGAGGCAUAAGAGGUCAGUGGACGCCGCGGCACCUCGACAGUUCCAUCAGUAUGAGGUCCACGAGUUUACCGAUGAAAACCUGGACCCGUCGUCGCCUCCGUUUGAAGAAAUGUUGGCGGCGAGCGCUGAUCACUACCAGCUUUACGUCGCGCCUCCUAAAGCGGCCAGAUACCUAGACCCACGGGCACCCGUAAACCACGUGUCGCCGGGUGCACAUUCAUCAGCGCAAUUCGCAGCCCCUUCUGAUUCUGUAAAAUUCAUUCCUGGUCAGCCGACCGCAGCGAAGUUUGUAGCGGAACCAGAGAAGCUUGCGUCUGGUCAAUCCGCUCCGGCGCAGUUUGCGGCUCCUUCGGACCCUGUCCAGUUUAUCCCGAGAGCUCCAGCUAACUUAGACGGGACGGUGCCGGCGGGAUCGGUGCCCUACUCACAGCCGCUGAAACAGUUGGCUGAAAGCGACCAAUUCGUUGCGGCGGCAGGUCACCACCAUAAGAAGGCCUACGGACACGGACACGAGCAAGGUGGUGGACACGCACAUCAUGGAAAUCAUUAUAAUGAACAUGGUGGGAAGACAACUAAGGGCUUCCAGAACGAUCAUCAUGUAGACAAAGGAGGCAAAGGGUUCAGGAUAGAUGAGAAGCAUCGCAAGGAGUACGAGGAUGCUGCUGGGAAGAAAAGGAAACAUCAUGACCACGCUGACCAUAAGGGUAGUCACGAAGAGGAAGCCCACGGCUCCAGGGGAGCACACUUCGACGAGAAGAAGGGUCACAAGAAAGGACAUAAGACCAAAGGCUACCACAACAAGUACCACAAGGACGAGUUCCAUAAGGAGCACAAGUUCUACGACGACUUCCACAAGAGCGGCGAGCACCACCGCUUCGGCAAGUUCCACGCUAAACACGCCAGCAACGAGAGUGGUAAGAAGAAGGCGCACCGCGUCGAUGCCGGACACGACUACGUCGAGCGUGGCAAGAAGGGAUACAGCAACAAAGGUCACGUGGACGCCGACCACAAAGGAUACGACGGCAAGGGGGGCCACGAGGAACACCACGCACAUCAUUCAGACCACGGCAGGAGAGGUGGCAAGGAAGGAGGCUCCCAAUGGGGAUACAAGAAAAACUAAAAGCACGCAUGAUAGUUAUUGCAUGUUACAAUAGACGGGUAUUAAGUCUUGAGGUUUAAAAUAAGAGUAGCGGAUUGGAGAUUACAACUCUUUUAACUUUAAAAGUUGUGUGUAAUCCCUCUAUCGUUAUAUCAUAGACUGAGAAAUCGUAUCCACACAAAUAAGUAUUCAAUUUAUGUAACAUUUUCAACUGUGAUAGGAAAAACUUGUCUUAUUUAAUGGUUAAUUAUUUCACUUACUCCAUUUUUAUUUGCACUAAGAUCAUUUUCCUAAUCAUUAUUAUGUCCAAAUUAUUAAUUUUAUGAUUGUUACAUGUGUAUGUAUGCUAUCCUACUGAGUUUUAGGUUUGAUGAAACACUUCAUGCAUGAUGGGAAACAUGUUUUGUUAGGUUUUGACUAUAACUGUCGGCCUGCCUUACACCAGUCCUCUUUGGACGACCCAAACUCGGACAAAUUAUUUUAAAAACUAUAACAUCCGAAUUGUUGCACCUGUUUCCAAACGAAUCUUGUUAUAUCAACUGUAUUUAUGUAAUUAAUUAUGUCCAAUUAUCGGUUUGUCUGCAGAAACUAUAUACAAAUUUUCGUAAAUAUUAAUUCCUUCUCUUUAAACGCCGUCCAAGACUAUCAACAUGUUUUAGUAAAUGCAUUGCUUAACUUUUGGCUCUUUCCUUCAGUUAUUACAUAGCCAUUAUGAGUAAUAUUCUGUCUCCGGAAAUGAGAUAUUAUUUCAAUCAUCAGCUCUUUCUUUAUAUAAAUUACUUUGUGUCGUUUCGAAAGAUGUUUGAUUAGGUUACAUCAGAUCCGUGGCAAAUCGACCGAUGCCCUCAGACACGUUUUUUGACCUCAUUAUUUUUUGUACGUCUGUGUUUGUAUGGCAUUCGUUUUUUUGCGUUUCACGACUCUCGAUGUUCAAAUUCUAAGUAACCAGUAGUUUUUGCUCUUAUUUCUAAAUAUAUCAUCAAUGGCGUCUAUGUAAGUUGUUAUUUUUGCUUUUCAUUCACCUUAAUCAUAUUUUAUAGAUCAUCCAAUCACCAUUCCAUAUCUAUCACAUUCAUUUCGGGGCCAGUUCUUACAAAGCUAUUUAAUAGAAGCAAUACUAAAAUCAGAAAACACCCUGACUCUGAGCUGGUCUUCUGAUUGUCAUUUAGUUACUUUUCGAGAUGUAUAUAUGUACUUAAGUAGUAAGUGUGAUAGCAUUAUUAGUUCAAAUCUGAAACCCGCGUUUCUUAAUAUUACUAUGGAAAUUUUAUUUGCCUAUUUUGAAUUAUGAAUAGAUAGGUAUCUAAACUUCAUGGGAGCUAAGAAUGAAAUACACACAUUCAUUGAAUCGUAUAAUGCAUAUAGGAUUUCUUGCUAUGGUAUACAUAGCAAAAUGUUUUAUCUGUGGAAAUGUUAAUUAAAUUUUAAUACUGAUUACAUUUGUGAAAUCUGUGUGGACUAAGAUUUGAAGUUGCUUUACCGUGUUACACAUGCGCUGUAAUCCUAUUUAUUGUUUAAUCUAUUUUUAUAAUGUUUCGCCAAUUGUUUUUAUUAAAAGAACAAAAUUUU